AUGCAGGGACCCAUCCAGCCCAUGAUCUACGGGUUCCUUCCAGCACCGGUAGCCAUACCGCCUGUGAAUGUGGAACCUGAGGGUGCCCUACGAUGCUCCACCAGGAAACCACAAUGGAAGUCACACCAUACCCCCAAGUUUCCAGCUGACAAGUACCUGGAGCAUGUUGGAUUUGAGAAGUUCGACUUCUUCAUCACCAUCUCAGACACUCGCUUCAGAGAGAAUGAUGUGAAACUCGCUCAGGAGAUUCAGAAGAUGGAGAAAAAGUUCUACUUUGUUCGCUCAAAGAUUGACAACGAUUUACGAGCUGAGGGAAGAAGUCAGAGGCAUUUCAAUGCAGACAGGACUCUUGCACGAAUCAGGACAAACUGCAUUCAAGCACAUUUCCAUCUUCAAACCAUUUAUUCCUUUUGUGCCGCAGGUCUUCAGCAACAGGGUGUUGAGUCUCCUCAAGUCUUCCUGGUGUCCAACUUUGGGCUCCACCUGUAUGAUUUCUAUCUACUACAUAAGAUCCUAGAGAGAGUACGUACUGCACACAAGAGGAAAGCUCUGUUGUUGGCCAUGCCCAACAUCAACCUGGAGAUCAUCAACAAGAAGAAAGAUGCUUUCCAUUCGCAAAUAAAGCUCUUUGCUACUCUAUCUGCACUCGGUGCAGCUGUACCAGUUCCUGGGCUUUCUGUUGCUGUUGAUGUAGGUUUGAUGGUUGGAGUUGUCAAAAAAUACAUAGUUGGGUUUGGUCUUGAUAGCUUGUCACUGAAGAGUCUAGCUGGUACUACAGGUGUGCCAUUGAAGGAUCUGGCAGCUGCCAUCCGUUCACAACUGGCUGCAAAAGAAAUAACGUGUGAUCUUAUCCUGAAGCUGCUUGAAAGCUCAGCUGCAUUAAUGGUAGCAGAGGAAUGGUCCAGAUACAUUCCAAUAAUUGGAUUCGUAGUAGCAAUGGGCCUCUCUUUUAUCACAAUCUACAGAGCUCUCAAUAGUGUCCUCAACAUGCUUGCUGAGGAUGCAGAGAGGGUGUUUAAAAGGGUCUGGGGUUGAACAUCUCAGUGUGAUAUUGUAAAGUGAAUAGCAAUGGCAUUCAAUGGCACAUUUAAAACUGCAGUGUACAAAAGAGCAAAAUCACAGUUUAAUUUCCCAAAUACAAACUUUUUAUAGCUUAAAAUCAUCUUAGACCAGCGGAUCCCAACUGUUUUCCUUAAGGGAACCAUUUUGUAUCAUUGAGUAAACUGACAUAUUUUUUGGUACUUUAUAAUUUUAAUUAAUAAUGCAUACAAAUCAUAGUUCUGUAUUGUAGCUGCACUUUUUAGGAAACAUACAUGAUA